CUCCCUCUCUCUCUCUCUCUCUGCCACUUUUCUCUCCCUCUCAUUAUUUUAUAUCCAUUCCUCUCUCACUCUUCUGGAUUUUCUUCUCAUCGUUUCUGACGCCCCAAAGAAGAAUCACGAAAAUCCGACCGUUGAAUAGAGAAAUCCUUCAAUACCCAUUUCGAAAGGGCCAUGGAUCUAUGGUCUCUCAAUCUCAACAACGCCAACCGAGGCCUCUUCCCUGCAAAGAUCGCACCUCCACUGCAGAGGCAUACAUGGCCUGAGAGGCGCCUUUCUUGCAAUUUUAUGAAGAUAGGUGGUUUCUACGGAGGGGAAGAUGAGAUCAAGACGUCGAGAUCGUGGCGCCCUGCAUAUCGAUCCCUGUCUGUCAGAGCGAUGGGAAAGAAGAACCAUGAGAAUUCGUCGAAUUCGGGAAGCAGUGAUCAAUCAAUUCCUGAGGGAAACAACCCGUCCUCUGACAACACGAAAUCUGAAGAUGCCGCGGCCCACAAGUCACAUCAUACAAUUUCUGAUUGGCGAACUUUUAGAGCAACUCUCGUGGCACGGGAGCAGCUAUCGGAUGAUGAUGCUCCCGUCCAAGAUGCAGUCUCCCAUGAGUCCUCCAAAUCACUUGGUGCAAAGUGGGCACAUCCAAUCCCUGUACCUGAGACUGGCUGCAUCCUAGUCGCUACUGAGAAGCUUGAUGGUGUUCGUACCUUUGAAAGAACUGUUGUUCUGCUCCUCAGAUCAGGAACCAAAGACCCAAGAGAGGGCCCUUUCGGUGUCAUCCUCAACCGUCCACUUAACAAGAAAAUCAAACACAUGAAGCCAUCAAAUCUAGACCUUGCAACCACCUUCGCAGAGUGUUCUCUGCAUUUCGGCGGACCCCUCGAUGCUAGCAUGUUCUUGCUAAAGACUGGAGAGGACUCACCAACUACGGGCUUUGAGCAGGUAAUACCAGGCCUCAGUUUUGGUGCCAGAAACAGCUUAGAUGAUGCUGCGGAGCUGGUGAAGAAGGGGAUGCUCAGGCCUCAAGAUUUCAGAUUCUUUGUUGGGUACGCAGGGUGGCAGCUGGACCAGUUGAGAGAUGAGAUCGAGUCAGAUUACUGGUUUGUCGCCGCAUGUAGCGUGAAUCUGAUAAGUGGGUUGUCCACAGAAUCAUCAUCAGGCUUGUGGGAGGAGAUUUUGCAGCUGAUGGGCGGUCACUAUUCGGAACUGAGCAGGAAGCCCAAGCAAGAUAGCUCAUGAAAAAGGUCUGUGGCUUUUUCUCAGAGGAGACCAUGUGAAAUCAAAUGUACAGAAGGUUUUCUAGACUUAAUUCAUAGUGGUUGUUGACCUUUUGUUUUCAGUGUCUUCCUAUUAGUUCUUGUAUCUGCAAUGUAAGUCAGGCAGUUUUUUUUUU